AUGUAUUGGGUCGUGCUAAUUGUUCUAGUUUCUGUAGCUUGUGUGUGGUUAGUGAAUAAAAAACGAAAAAAUCGAUUGUUUUGGAAACAUGUAAUGGUUAUUCCUGGACCAAAAGGUUUGCCUAUUAUAGGAACAGCCUACCAUUUAGAUUCAUCAGAGCGAGUUUUUCAAAGAGAUAGGGACCUAUGUAAUACAUACUUUCCCAUGUAUAAGAAAUAUGCCUUUGGUUUCGCUAUAGUCAACUUGAUCACUCCAGAGGAUAUCCAGCUUGUUUUGUCAAACUCAAAACAUAACCAGAAAAGUAUAUUUUACCGAAUGCUCGAAGAUUGGAUUGGAGUUGGAGUUUUAACGAGUAAUGGUGAGAUGUGGCAUAAAAGACGAAAAUUAUUGACUCCUGCCUUUCAUUUUAAAAUAUUAGAAGAUUUUUUACAUAUUUUUAACAAAGAAACGAAACACCUUGUCCAAUAUUUCAAAGGAAACUGUGAUAAACCAUAUAUCGAUGUAGUUGAUCCAAUUACAAGAUUUACUUUAUUUUCGAUCGGAGAAACAGCAUUUGGUCAAGAUUUCCAAGAAGAUCCUAAAUGUGAAGACUACGUUCAAGCUGUCCACGACUACGGCGAAGAUUUUAUAUACCGAAUAGUUCGGCCUUGGUUUUUAAUACCGUGGCUAUAUAAAUUGAGUUCUUCUGGUAAAAGACAUCAAAAUGUUUUAAAGAUUCUAAACGAUUUUUCUUCAAUGGUGAUCCGUGAAAGAAGUAAGUCGUUUGAUUCGGACAUAAACUCAAAUCAGUAUAAAUCUAAAAGAAUGAGAUUGCUAGAUCUGAUGUUGUCCACUAAAAUAAAACUGGGAGGGAUCGACGAUGAGGGAAUUAAAGAUGAAGUUAAUGGUUUUAUUUUUGGUGGGCAUGAUACCACUGGUACUGCACUUUGCCAUGCUUUGUUGCUGGUAGCUAAUGAGCCGUUAGUACAGGAAGAAAUUUACCAAGAAAUAAUAACUGUGACAGGAAACACUGAUGAGCCCAAUUACUACCAACUGGCACAGCUACGGUAUAUGGACAGGUGCAUAAAAGAAUGUUUAAGAAUAUUUCCCAGUAUUCCGUCUAUUUCCAGAGUGGCGGGGGAAGAUAUAACAACCAGUUCUGGAUAUACUAUACCAAAGGGAUGUAACAUACGUAUUAAUAUUUUUGAUUUGCAUCGUCGACCAGAAUUUUGGGAGAAUCCCAAAAAGUUUGAUGCGGAUAGAUUUUUACUCGAAAAUGUUUUAAAAAGGCAUCCGCAUUCGUAUAUACCUUUUAGUACUGGAAGCAGGAACUGUUUAGGACAGAAAUAUGGCCAACUGGAAAUGAAAGCUGCACUUUAUGGAAUUUUAAGAAGCUUUAGAAUGGAAGCCAUUACCAAACCAGCUGAUAUGCGGCACAAAGGGGAUAUCGUACUACGACCUGCUUGCGAAAUGAGAAUAAGGUUUAUACCAAGAAACUAA